GAAAAGUUAUAGAUACUAACAAUGUUGAAAAAGUUCUCUACCAAUUUAAGGAAUAUUUCGUGAACCAUGCAUACAACAGUAGCUUUGAUAAGUGCACCCACCCACUUUUGUUUACUUACUCUCUUUCGCUAAUCUGUGCCGAUCCUUUGUGAUGUGGUGAUGUGUUAAAAAAUUCAGACAAUUAAAAAUUUUCGUGCAUUUGAAAGCGGCUAAUCGCGUAUAAAGGCGAGAUCAGAAGGAGGUAACGCAACGCAGGUGUAAGGCUAAAUUAGGAAUUAUAACCCUGUGUAGGUGAUGGCUAGCGCCGUGCAAACGAAAAAGAAACGCGACAAAAGGAAAAGAAAAGAAGAUGGACCUGAAGAAUUUAUACCCCAGCCGUCCAUCAUAACACCUACUCUCGCCGACGACCUAAAUAUACAUUUGCACAAAGAAGCCACGACAGGGGGAGGAUUGUGUGCGAAAUUAGUAUUUUUUGUUCUUUUAACAAUUCUAAGUACGCUUAUAGGAUUAAUAAUUACGGAACAUCGCGGACUUACAGACCUGGAUACUAUCAAGACAGAAUCGGCAUUUGCUCAUAUAUUUGAAGGUUGGAUAGAGAAAUUCCCCGAUCCCCACGAGCACGAAGAAACGCUUAGUGUGGAACAUUCACAAGAGGACGAGGAGGGUGACGACGCCGAUGAACACGACCACUCCUCGCACCACGAUGACAACGAAAGUGAUGAUCUUAACGAACUUUCAGAGGAAGAGAACAGUCAAACUGUAAGCGAUGAGGAAAAAGAAGAAUACGAUGCAACCCAAGAAGACGAAGAGGAGGAGCAAGUUCAACAAGACGAAGAGGAUGACGAUGAAGAACUUGAAACGCGCGAAACUGAUUCGGUAACACAAGAAGAAAGUGAUAUACCACUAUCGGACACUCCUGAAGAUCAAGAAACAGCGGAAGAAGUGACGAAUACCGAAGAAAAAUACGAAGUAAGCGAUUCCGUUGAAAGUAAAGAAGAUGACACAGAAAUUGAGACCGCAAGAUUACGACGACCAGACUCGGAUGAAAUGAAAGCCGAAGAAAACGCCGAUGAAGAACCAGAAAACCGUAGUGAAGAAACUAUGGAUUCUUCCGAAAAGGAGCUGCCUGAAAAAAUCCAGACGGAAGACGUUGAUGAAACAGUAAAAGAAAGUUCUAAUAUGGUCGUAAGAUUCGGUGUUGGAACGGCAUUGUUGAUCGUGGCACACGUUGUUCUAAUUAAGAAGUGGAGAUCUGCCAAGAUAAGUGUUAACCAACCAGAAGGGGGCAUUCAAGAUGUGCAAGUUUUAGACCUAACCAGAAGAAAUACAAUAGUACUACCACCUGACCUAGACAAAAUUGAACGAGAUUAUGAAAAAACCGAAGAAGAUUAUUCCGAAGAUGAAGAGUGCAAAACUAAAGAAGAGAGAGCGCUCGAUUCCUCUGCUUUAAGGCAAGAAUAUCAACAAUUGCGAUCCGCAUAUUCCCACAAUUUAUCACCUGAUUGGAUUCCUAGAGAGAUGUAUAAUAAUUCGGAAGAGGGGGAGGAAGAGGAAGACGAGGAUGAACCAGACGAGGAAGAAGACGAGGAGGAAUGUGAAGAAGAGGAGGAGGCAGAUCGUAGCGACGAAGAUGACGAAAUUAUAUCUGAAAGCGAAGACGCGGAGCUACUGAGACGAUUGCAAGAACGAUACGGUGCGUUGCAUCAGGAUGAAGACGAAGAAGAGGAAGAAGAACUCGAAGAGGAUGAGGAAGAAGAAUAUGAAGAGGAUGGAAGUACAAAUUAUGAUCACUGGAAACGUAAAACGUUUGUCCCAAUUGAGGAUUCUGAUUCUGAAGACGAAAAUAGUUGGGCUAAUCCACAAUCUAGUGGACAGACGAAUUAUGAUUUUAGUAAUAUUACAAACACUAACGAUUGGAAAAUUAGAGAUGAACUCGAUCGAGCUGGACAUAAUUUAAAAAAUGAUGCCGCUUAUGCCUUAACACUGUUUAACCAAAUUGUUGAGAACUAUCCCGCCUCACCCCGUGCUUUAUAUGGAAGGGCGCAGUCACUAGAUCUUUUAGCCGAACAAAAAAGAAGUAACAAGUUUUUGGAGGCUGCAAUCGAUGCCUACGAGCAGACACUUGUACUGCCUGACGUAACGGACGUCUUGUUUAUACAAGUUGCCGACCGAUGCAUUAAUCGACUUCGAUUCAGAGGAAACUACAAGAGAACCAUUUCUAUUCAUAAAUCAUUAAUUUUGAAGUUUCCUGAGAACGUAGAUUAUCAAAAUGAACUGGCAGUCACUUAUCUAACAAUGAACAAUUUUUACGAAGCCAAGAAAGUGUUACAUGAUAUACUUUUAAAAUGGCCGAAUGAUGGUUUUGCCAUGGUGAACUAUGGCUUUAUUUUAAAGCGUUAUGAUCUAAGCUUAAAAGAAGCGGUUAAAUACCUAAAGAAGGGAAUUUCCACCAGAGAUCCAGGUGUAAUUGAUGGAAGAUUUUAUUAUCAUUUGGGCGACGCAUUAAUACGACUAGGGAGGAAUGAAGAGGCUAUGGCAAUACAUAUUGAUGGUGUUAAUAAUAAAGUGUUCCUCUCCAAGUAUCAACGCUCAUUGCAUAAUGUCGAUAGACUCACAGGAAGACCGUGGUGGAAGAAAGAGCAGUUGUCCAAUGCGCAUUUCUUUAAAAGAUUGGAGGAAAAGUGGACUACGAUUCGAGAUGAGGGGCUCAGUCUCUUAGAUACUGACGGCCUGUUUAAAAGUGAGAGUGAAGAUCUUCGUGAAGUAGGUGACUGGAAACAAUUUGAACUUUACGCACGCGGCGUAAAAAACCAAAAAAAUUGUAAGCGCUGUCCCAAAACUUGCCAGCUAAUUGAAACGUUUCCCGACGCUACCGGAUGUAGAAGAGGUCAAAUUAAAUUCAGCGUUGUUCAACCUGGCACACAUGUGUGGCCUCAUUGUGGGCCAACAAAUUGCAGGCUACGAUCACAUUUGGGUCUCAAGGUACCUCCCGGUGUCUUUAUUCGUGUUGCAAACGAAAUAAGGUCUUGGGUGGAAGGUGAAUUUUUGAUUUUUGACGAUAGUUUCGAACACGAAAUAUGGCAUAAUGGAACUUCCACCAGGUUAAUUUUAAUUAUAGAUUUCUGGCAUCCGGAAUUGACAAAAGAAGAAAAACGUACCCUUUCUAACGUUUAAGCUUUGGCUAAUUUUUUAUUCCAUUAAUUGGUGACACUUUAAUUCCAUGAUAGCUACAACUAGUACCUACUAUAUAUAAUUUACUAGAAAUGUUUUAAAUUAUUUAAUGACCAAAAGCUUUUGUAUAAAUAUAUUGGUAGUUUUUUCUUA